UUUAUAGCUAAAUGUUUUUCAAAACCUAUCCUUCUUCGAAUUCUUUAACUCUUUUGAAAAGAGGACAUUUCGUGUAUUUACGGAAAAGGACCUUUCGUGUAUUUACUUUACAAGGAAAUGUCAAACAGCUACAUAAGGCGUUCUGCAUUUACUUUUCCACAGAAAUCAGACAGCCGAAAAUAUGUUUCAUUCACAUCGACGCCCUCAAUUUCCAUUUCAGACCACGUAAUAAUCUCCGACGCUAACUAUAAAGGACCUUAAACCUUUGCCAUAGAAGUAUCAACGUUUCUUCCCAGAAACAAGACAGUCUUGGCUGAGUUACAGACGAUGAAGCGACUUGUUACUCUCUUCUGUUGCCUCAUUAUUUCCCAGCUUUCAAUGGCUGCGAGUCGUAAUGCUUUGAACCGAGGAGGGAUCGAUACAUCCCAAGAAGCCAGAGAUUCCCCUAUAGUAUCUCACAAAAGAAGUGUAUUGGAGUUUGGUCUUAUGAUUUCGUGUGCGGUUGAAAGAAGCCCAUUAGACUAUAAUGGCUACGGCUGUUUCUGUGGACUCGGUGGAGAAGGAACACCCCUGGAUGAUACAGACAGGUGCUGUGAAAUUCACGACAACUGCUAUUCCGCUGUACAGAACUCAGGGUCUUGCCCAUUUGACUUGGCUAUUUACGCGAUUCCUUAUAGCAGAAAGGACUGUUAUGGAUGCGGUAAGACUUCAAGGCUAUUUAGGCUAUCACAAUAUUGUCCAUACUGAGAGGAAUAGCCUGCGAACAGGCUCCCGGGGAGCCCGAACGAAGCGUCCCGCCCCGAUCGCUUCACUCUCCGAAUU